GGGUGGAUGACAUCAUGGGCUAGGGAACAGUGAGCAGCCAGUGAAGCAUCCAGCCUGCCGAACAAGCUUGCUUUUAGGGUCAGGAACUGGUCUGACAAGAGAAUGGCAAUCCUGCCUUUAAACUGUCAUUAGGACUGUACGGCUGACGAUGAAUCCAGCAGAGCUGCGGGCCCAAAGGCGAAACACUCAGCAAGAGAAUGUGAAGACAUAUUUCAGGACAUUGUGAGUGCUACUAAAGAUGUCUGAUAGUGUCGAUAUUGAAGAGAAACCACCAGCCCCCCCCUUGAGAAUGAACAGUAGUUCCCGAGACUCUUCAUCGCUGAAUCACGCCUCUAAACCGCUUCCAAUGGCUCCUGAAGAGAAAAACAAGAAAGUCCGCCUGCGCUCCAUUUUCCCCGGGGGAGACAAGACAAACAAGAAGAAGGAGAAGGAACGUCCUGAGAUAUCCCUACCCUCAGACUUUGAACACACCAUUCAUGUUGGCUUUGAUGCUGUAACAGGAGAAUUCACAGGUAUCCCGGAGCAAUGGGCACGGCUCCUACAGACCUCAAACAUCACCAAGCUGGAGCAGAAAAAGAACCCGCAGGCCGUGUUGGACGUCUUAAAGUUCUACGACUCCAAAGAGACCGUCAACAACCAGAAAUACAUGAGCUUCACCUCGGGAGACAAGUCGGCACAUGGGUACAUAGCAGCAAACACUCUGAACCGACUGCUGUCAUCUGGGCCUCCUGUCAGCCUUAGAACCUGCAGCGCAUUAUUUGACAAGGGCGCCAAAACAUCAUCGUCAGAGCCGCCAAUCGCUCCACCUGUGUCAGAAGAGGAGGAUGAGGAAGAGGAAGAAGAGGAGGAGGAGGAGGAGGAAGAAGAGGACGAUGACGAUGAACUACCCCCAGUCAUCGCUCCCCGGCCCGAGCACACCAAAUCUAUCUACACGCGCUCUGUCAUGGACCCACCAAAGCCUCCCACCCCUGUGAAAGAAGUGGUGACUCCACCGGAGUCGCAAGUCCAGCCGGAGAACACGUCCAACACGAUGUAUCGCCACACUGACCGCCAGAGGAAGAAGUCCAAAAUGACAGAUGAGGAGAUUCUGGAGAGACUCAGGAGUAUUGUGAGCGUGGGGGAUCCCAAAAAGAAGUACACGCGCUUCGAGAAAAUAGGACAAGGAGCGUCUGGCACUGUGUACACUGCCAUCGACAUAGCAACUGGCCAAGAGGUGGCCAUCAAGCAGAUGAACCUGCAGCAGCAGCCCAAGAAGGAGUUGAUCAUCAAUGAGAUCUUGGUGAUGAGGGAAAACAAAAACUCCAAUAUAGUCAACUACUUGGACAGUUACUUGGUAGGAGAUGAGCUGUGGGUGGUGAUGGAGUAUUUGGCCGGUGGCUCGUUGACAGAUGUAGUGACUGAGACCUGCAUGGACGAGGGCCAGAUUGCUGCAGUCUGCAGAGAGUGUCUUCAAGCCCUGGAUUUCCUACAUUCUAACCAGGUGAUCCAUAGAGACAUAAAAAGUGACAACAUCCUCUUGGGUAUGGACGGAUCUGUCAAGCUCACCGACUUUGGCUUCUGUGCCCAGAUCACUCCAGAGCAGAACAAGCGCAGCACGAUGGUGGGAACGCCCUACUGGAUGGCACCAGAGGUGGUGACUCGAAAGGCUUACGGCCCCAAAGUGGAUAUCUGGUCUCUGGGGAUCAUGGCGAUAGAGAUGGUGGAGGGAGAGCCACCCUACCUGAACGAGAAUCCACUCAGGGCGCUGUACCUGAUAGCUACCAAUGGGACACCAGAGCUGCAGAACCCAGAGAGACUGUCGUCUGUGUUCAGAGACUUCCUCAACCGCUGUCUGGAGAUGGAUGUGGACCGCAGAGGCUCUGCCAAGGAGCUGCUCCAGCAUUCCUUCCUCAAGCUGGCGAAGCCUCUAUCCAGCCUGACGCCUCUGAUUGUAGCUGCGAAGGAAGCCAUAAAGAACAGCAGUCGCUAGGGUGUGCCCUCUGUCCCCACCCGAGGCUGGAGCCCUGCCUGUGAUGUGUGCGUUCAUGAGGGCAGGGGCUUGGGUGUAUGGGUGGUGGGUGACGUGACAGUGACAGCACAAGGAAGGGGGGAUUUGUGUGACUUACCGUGACAGCACAAGGACAAAAGACCCCCAGGCCUCAUAUGUAGGACGGACAUCUGGCCUCGCAGCCUCUCGGCCCAUGCUGCUGAAAAGACCUUGCCUCCUCGUUUACUUCUCCAGCACUCUGUACAUGUAGAGCAGUCCAUCACAAGUAUGUGUGAGUGUGCGUGGGUGUGUGUGCGUGCGUGUGUACCAACUGUGCACAUCUCUUUGUGUCAUAUGUCUUGUUCGGCAGCAGUCGCUCCCCAAAGCAAGAAAAUACGGUGAAAAAAUCAAAAAGAAGGUGUGCUCACUUUCAAGAAGAAACAUCAGGAGCGAGGAGCCUGUGAUUCCUUCCCUGCCCGGCUUUAGGCUUGGUUCUCUUUCCUCUAGUCCCUCCAUGGAGCACAAUCAGGCCGCGCUUGCACUUGCAGUGACCAGCUGAUGUGAAAGAGUGACUCUGGGAGUCUGGACGCAACCUUUGCCUGCAUGACUACGGCUCUGUGGAGAAACACUGCUACUCCUCUGCAGAUUGUCACAUCUCAAGGUGGCAUAUUUAUGUAUAUAUGUGUGUGUGUGCGUGCGUGUGUGUGCGUGUAUGAAUGAGUGUAGGGGUGCGGCUACAGGGGAAUAAGUCAGGAAUAAUUUCACAUGACCUAAGCCAGCUUUAAACAUCCUUCAUCACGAGAUACGGGUCCCGUAUUUCAUUUGAGCCAACUUCUUUCAGGCAGGCUCUGUCACAGAGUCACUGGAGUUCAGGCUAGCUGCAGUUAAUUUGCGCAUUUUCCCCCUAAAGCUUCCUACGUAUUAUCAGACCUAAUGUUCUGAAUAUGUAAAAAUAUUGAGACACUGUUGGGGCUCAGUUUGCAGACUUAAAACAUUGAAUUUAAAAUGUGUGACUCGAUAUAAUCUAUACAUUCUGAAUCUAAUUUUUGUGAUCUAGUUUGAGACACUUGAUUGCAUUGACAUGUAGACAAUGUGUCACACAUUUAAAUCCAUUUAAAUAGUACUGAAGACUCUCCGUACUCCAUGUGGAGGGAGUAAUCAGAAUGACUAAAAUAUUGUCAGCUUCACAACCAAUGCAAGCAAUUUAUCUGCAGAUUCAACAGAUAAUUCUGCAUGCAAACAUGAACCGUAGCAUCCAUUGUGUACAAGCAUCUCAAACAGGAUUAUCCACAGAUAUUCAGUAUGUGUUGCUCUCUGUACCAGGCUUUGGGUAGACAAUGCAACAUCUAUCUUAAAGGUCCAGCACGUAGGAUUUAGGGCCAUCUAUUGGCAGAAAAAGGUAUAAAAUAUUUAUGUCAUCAUUG